AUGAGAGAACCAUGGUUGAAGAAAGAAGAAAGAAAGACGAGGAAAUCAUCUCCGACGUCGUUUUCUUUGUUACCGUACGACAUUGUGCUCAACUGUCUCGCUCGUGUGUCGAGAACCCAUCAUCCAAUAUUGUCUCUCGUCUCCAAAAGUUUUAGAUCACUCGUGGCUACGGCUGACCUCUAUGCCGCACGAUCACGCAUCGGAAACACCGAGGAGUGCCUUUGUGUCUGUUUAAAAAUGAAAGACAACCCUAGCCCUAGAUGGUACAUACUUUCAUCAGAACACAAGUUGAUACCAGCCCCUCCGUUUCCUUACGGCCAAUAUCCCAGUUUCUCAGCUGUUGUCUCAAUUGGUUGCCAUAUUUACAUAAUCGGCGGAAGUGUCUCACAGGGAAAGAGAAGCAGGAGAGUGUAUCUUCUCGAUUGUAACUCCCACCAAUGGCGUCGACUCCCCAAAAUGUGUGUAGGUCGAAAAGCAGCGUGCGCUGAUGUCGUUGACGGUAAGAUCUAUGUACGCGGAGGCUGCAGCGAGAAGUACCAGUUCACCGAAGUAUGGAAAGAAGUUUACGACCCAAUGAAUCAAACUUGGGAGCUAGGUUUCCGCCCGCUGAAACGAGUAGGUUUCAUGUCGUCUGAUUUAAGAUUGGUUCGAGCUAAUUUGGCUUGUGCCAGAAGUCUGUAUAACCGUGCCCUUGAGCGUGGCUUUUACAGUAAUUUUUGCGUGUUAGCGAUAGGGAAAAACGAAUGCGUUGCGGGACUCGAAGAAAUGUCGUCUCAUCAUCUGAUCUCGGUGGCAAACUCUAGCAGAAAAGGAAGGAGAGUAACAGUUUGGUGGAAGAAGACGGUGGACUUUGGCCUUAAAACCGAGAUUUGGUGUGCAGAGAUUUUGUGUGAGAGACGAACAGACGGAAUGGUUUGGGGAGUCGUAGAAUGGUCUCAGAAUGUGUUUACUUUCCAGGGACAUGAACCGGAUCCCCGUUUCUUCUUUGGCCACAAUGCUAUUGUGACACGAUGA